UGCAAAAGGGUUGGAAGUUGCAUCAGAUCGGCACAUGGUACGAUCGAUAUCCUGAAAAUUCGUUGGUGCUGGAAGGAUCGAUAUGAUCUCAGUCAACAGGUGUGUAGCAAAUUAGCUGUUCUCUGUUGCAACAGCGUUGUUAGGAUUUAUGAUGUGGAUAUGGCUUGUGAGAUGCCUACACUCAUCAUCGACUUCAAGCCAAUACUGGGCCUAAGCACUUCAAACAGUUCACGUUCAUUCAGUAUCUAUAAUUAUAUGGGUAACGAAUAA